AUGUCUACAAUGAACCAGACAAGAGUGACGGAAUUCAUUCUUUUAGCUUUCGGAAACCUUCACAGCUUUAAUAUUGUGUUAUUUAUUUUGUUCUUGAUCAUUUUUAUUUUUACAGUUAUAGGAAACCUUGUGCUCAUUGUCCUUUUUUCAGUCAACAGCAAGCUCCACUCCCCCAUGUAUUAUUUGCUUUGUCAUCUUUCCUUUUCUGAUCUUGUGAUUUCAUCAAACAUUGUUCCUAACAUGCUUGAUGCCAUUUUGUUUGGAGGGAAAAAAAUUAGUUACAUCGCCUGUAUCACCCAAUUAUACUUCUUUAGCGGUUCAACCUUUACAGAAUGUUUCCUUCUCUCUGUAAUGUCCUAUGAUCGUUACUUGGCCAUCUGCAACCCCUUACGAUACUCUAGUAUCAUGGACUUCAAGCUCCAGAUCUGUCUGUCACUGUGGCCAUGGCUGUUAGGUCUGACUGUUAAUCUUUCAGGAGUCAUGCCUAUAUUGAAUUUUAUUUUUUGUUAUGACAACAUCAUUGACCAUUUCUUCUGCGACAUUUCUCCUGUUCUGAAACUUUCCUGUUCAGACACUUCUAUGGUAGAACUGGAAGUCUUUCUGUUUUCUAUGCCACUAUUUAUCCUUCCUUGUGGCUUUAUCAUUGUGACCUAUGUUUAUAUCUUCCUCAACAUACUCAAGAUACCAUCUACAACUGGCAAACAAAAAGCCUUCUCUACCUGCAGUUCUCAUCUUAUUGUUGUGGUCACAUUUUAUGGGACACUAAUAGCAAAAUACAUGAUCCCAUCUGUAGGACAUUCCUCACUCAUUAAUAAAAUUGUUUCCCUAUUACAUACUUUAUUUACCCCCUUGCUAAACCCCAUAAUAUAUAGCCUCAGAAACCAGGACAUAAAGGUGGCGGUCAAAAAAAUGGUGGAUGUUACAAUGCCAUAG